AUGAGUGACAGUGCAGUAUGUGAUUGGAGAGGAACUGUUCAGAACAAAAGGAGAGGAAUGCUCACAUCGGGAGUGGUGCUCAUUCAUGACAACGCCCGUCCUCCCAGUGCUGCUGUGACGAAGCGUCUUCUUGACGAGUUUAAAUGGGACGUUUUUGACCAUCCGGCUUAUAGCCCAGACUUGACACCAAGCGACUAUCACAUUUUCCCGGAACUGGAGAAAAUGCUAGGAGGGCAGAGCUUACGAACAGAUGAUGCACUGCAAGAUGGCGGAAGAAAUCACUGGUGGCUAACUUCUAUGAACAAGGGCACCAUAACUUCGUUUGUGUUCGUGGUGAGUGGCGGAGGGGCCAAACUGCAGCGGUGUCGCAGGGUGACCCUACAGGAGGGGUGUCCGGUGACCUGCAUCAGCUGGCGAGCGUGGAUCAGCCGAGAGGCUCGUGAUCCCACACUACUCGUCAACUGUGCUGCCAACGUUGUCUGUCUAUACAGGGUUCUGGACCAGGAAGGCACACUGAAACUGAAACGUCGUUUCUCGGUUCGCCACAAGUCGGUCCGUUGUCCGGUGCGUUCCACGUUCUGUCCGCUCAUGUCAUUCCGUGAGGGCGCAUGCGUGGUCACCGGAAGUGAAGACUCGUGUGUGUAUUUCCUCGACAUUGAACGUGAGGUUCGUCCAGUGGUGAACAAGUUGCAAGGUCAUGCCUGUCCUGUGCUGGGUGUAUCGUUCAACUAUGACGAGUCUCUGUUAGCAACCAGUGACCUGCAGGGCUUGGUCCUUGUGUGGAGCCGGGAGAAGAAGUAGCUCUGUUAGCAACCAGCGACCUGCAGGGCUUGGUCAUUGUGUGGAGCCGGGAGAAGAAGUAGCUCUGUUAGCAACCAGCGACCUGCAGGGCUUGGUCAUUGUGUGGAGCCGGGAGAAGAAGUAGAGGGAUGGCUAGACAGAGUACAGUGGACAAGAGGAUAGAAGGAGUACAGUGGAGGAGGUUAAGAGCAGUGCGCUGACAAGAGUAUUGCUAUAGUGAGGUCCAUGUUAUAAUGACAGUGUUUGAUUAGCAAUGGUAUUGCUAUCCUUGUCUAUCAUUCAACAAAGCGGAUAGCGCUAUCUCUUCUCGCUUUGCUCUGUUGCCGGAUCGGC